AUGUCAGAAAGUACCAGCCAAGGGCUUUCCUACGAGCUCGUGUCCAAAGGAAAGCUCCAGGAGUACUGCAUAACAACGCCUGAGCCUCAGAAGAUCCCGGUCUACUUUAUUGAAACCCACGAAACUCUCUCAAAACACAAAUUCGACCUCAUCCUCCAUCAAGGGGACCCCAAGACGGGAGAGAUCCUAGGUGUGGCCAAGAUGCACCGUCGCGGCUUCACUAUCGGAGUUGGUGAUCCAGCCGAAGAAAUAGAGGGCAAGCAACUGACUUGGGAGAGAUUGGAACGACCAGAGAGAUACAGUCACAAAGUGUAUCACUUCGAUUUCGGAACCGGAGCCACGAGAAAGACAUAUACAUGGCGGAAGUCGUAUCGCUCACUUGGGAGGCUGAAGGGCAUGGAACUUCGCGCGGGAGGAAUCGAAGAAGAGAAAGGGCAGCUCCUGGCAACGUGGCUAGGAAGUAACUCUUGGAAGAUGAAAUAUGGCCGCUUGUAUAUCACACAAGUGGCGGAUGACGGACAAAACCGCGAAUUACCAAGUGAGGAGCAGACCAAGAAGUGGGGUUUGAUGGUUUGUUUGACUACAUUUGCGAUUAUUGAGAGUCAGGUCAGGAGGAGUAAGGGUUAA